AUGACGACCCAAAACUUUAUCUGGGUCGGCCCUCAGUCGCCCCCCGCCGGUCGGCCCUCGGUGGCCCCCCGACAGUCAGCCCCCCUCCGGUCGGCCGUCAGUGGCCCCUCGCCGGUCGGCCCUCAGUCGGCCCUCAGUGGCCCCUCGCCGGUCGGCCCUCAGUCAGCCCUCAGUCGGCCCCCCGCCGGUCGGCCCUCAGUCGGCCCUCAGUGGCCCCCCGCCGGUCGGCCGUCAGUGGCCCCCCGCCGGUCGGCCCUCAGUGGCCCCCCGCCGGUCGGCCGUCAGUGGCCCCCCGCCGGUCGGCCGUCAGUGGCCCCCCGCCGGUCGGCCCUCAGUGGCCCCCCGCCGGUCGGCCCUCAGUCGGCCCUCAGUGGCCCCCCUCCGGUCGGCCCUCAGUGGCCCCCCGCCGGUCGGCCCUCAGUGGCCCCCCGCCGGUCGGCCCUCAGUCGGCCCUCAGUGGCCCCCCGCCGGUCGGCCGUCAGUGGCCCCCCGCCGGUCGGCCCUCAGUGGCCCCCCGCCGGUCGGCCCUCAGUCGGCCCUCAGUGGCCCCCCUCCGGUCGGCCCUCAGUGGCCCCCCGCCGGUCGGCCGUCAGUGGCCCCCCGCCGGUCGGCCCUCAGUCGGCCCUCAGUGGCCCCCCGCCGGUCGGCCCUCAGUCGGCCCUCAGUGGCCCCCCUCCGGUCGGCCCUCAGUGGCCCCCCGCCGGUCGGCCGUCAGUGGCCCCCCGCCGGUCGGCCCUUAGUCGGCCCUCAGUCAGCCCUCAGUGGCCCCCCGCCGGUCGGCCCUCAGUCGGCCCUCAGUGGCCCCCCGCCGGUCGGCCCUCAGCUGGCCCCCUGCUGGCCCCCCGCUGGUAG